AUGGCACAAGCAUAUAAAGACAUUACCAAUCCACUCGAGACACUUGUACAAUCUGGAAGAAAUGAUGCUGACAUUCUCUGUCCAAAAGGAGAUUGUCAAUGUGUCAUAUUGAGAAAGAAUGCGGCCACUUUAGUUGAAAGAGAUGGUAGCAAGCUUUCUUUACCUGCAUCUAGUUUACCAGCCAACAGCAUCUUAACAGAUGACGAUACUCAUUUCUGGCAUGUCAGCAACAUGAUGGAUUUCGAAAAUGUGGGAUUCUCAACCACGAUUGGAACCAUCAAGUAUUUAUCGUGUGCUGAUUGUGAUUUGGGUCCUAUCGGUUAUCAUGAUACCAGCAAUCCCAAAGAAUUCGUGAUUAGCAUCAAGAGAGCAAAGUACAGAUUUUAA